AUGGCCACCCUGGUGCAGUACUUAGCCACAACCUCCCAUAUGAAUGCAACAAUCAAACCCUGGCCCUCAGUCCUCAACGGCUGCGAAGCAAUUGACCACAGCGGCGGUCAGACCUGCGCCGCAGCAGAGGUUGGGUGCUCCUCAGUAGUUGCUGUUCCAACUUUGUUGCUGCUCGGUGUUGACAGGUACUACGCCAUCAUGUCCCCUCUGAGCUUCCGGUGGACUCGCAAGCGUGGCCCCUACAUCAUCCUGGUCAUCUGGGUGGUGGCUGCGCUGUUGUCAAGCGUGCAGUUUGUUCAUGGCCGGGCCACGCCCUUCACCUGGGCCGGCGGCACCUACUACGACUGCCACGAAAACUGGGACGAGAAGGCCGGCAAGGUGUACACGGCUGUGAUAUUCACGGUGACCUUCCUGACCCCGAUGCUGGUGCUCACUUACACUUACUCGUCGAUCGGCUGGAAGAUGUGGCGCCACACGUCACCUGGGAACGCCGACAUCCAGCGCGACCAGCAGCAACUCACAGCCAAGAUGAAGGUUGUCAAGAUGCUGGCGACGGUGGUGCUGAUGUUCGCCGUGUGCUGGCUGCCGAUCCACCUGAUGAACCUGAUAUUGUACUUCGAUCGCGCCGCCAUGCAACCAGACACGGCUGAGCAGGAGUACCUGUACAUCGCGGCCUUCUUCUCGUGCCACUGGUUCUCGAUGGCCAACAGCUUCGUCAAUCCUAUAAUCUACUGCUUUAUGAGCGACAACUUCAGGUCAAUGGUCAACAGCCCACUUUGUGACUUCUGCUAG